UUAACAUUGAUUGCCUUAAUUUAUCUUUGAUUAUCCUUGAUGUUCACAAUAAUUUGCUCCCUUUCUACUUCUAUAAAGGGUGCUGCAAUUUUACUGAAACGUGGCUCUGCUAAUCCAGGAUUAUUUCUCAUUCGAAGAAGUAAAUGGCAUGAAGGAUGGUACGUGAUGAGCAUCUAUUUUGGACACGUCUUCCAUUUUGAAAUACAGAAUUGUAAUUACAAUGGUAAAGUAAUGUACUACAUAGACAAUGGACCAUACAUGUGCUCACUCCAAUUACUGGUGCACCACUACAAUAUGAGGUCUGAUGGACUUCCCUGUUUACUUAAGUAUGGUCUGUCAGUAGAAGGUGAUAUCUAUGAAAUACCAAGUUUAAAUAAAAACUUAUUACGUUCAAAAUCAGAAGAUCUAGAAGUUCCACUCCAACGGACAAGAGUAUCAGUUCCUCUAAGGGUACCUCCACCAGUUCCACCUCCAGUUCCACCCACCUCACAGCUCGAACAUACUGUAACAAAUUUCCAUUUCAUUGACUGCAAAGACAUCAAAAAAGGUGGUCUUUUAGGUCUUGGAGAAUUUGGUGAAGUAAUGAAAGGAACUUUAACUACUCAUGAUGGCAAAAAAAGUAAAAAGAUAACAGUUGCUUUGAAAACCUUUAAUAAUAAUGUUGUGAACAGCACUUCAGACUUCUGUCGAGAAGCAAAGAUUAUGAUGAACUUAGACCAUAUAUGUAUCACCAAACUAAUUGGUCUAUGUCAGAAACCUUUGAUGCUGGUUGAAGAAUUUGUCCCCAAAGGAUCAAUGCUAGACUUUCUCUUGGAUUACCCUUCAAAAGUUGAUGCAAAAGUAGAAUUGAUUUUAUGGGCAUCUCAAAUUGCCUUUGGAAUGGUUUAUCUGGAAUCAAAGAAAAUGGUGCAUCGAGAUUUGGCAGCAAGAAAUAUCCUUUUAGAGUCUAAAAAACAGAUUAAAAUAACUGAUUUUGGAUUAUCUCGAGCUGUGGGAGAGAACCAGUAUUAUCGUGCCACCACUGGAGGAAAGUGGCCUAUCAAAUGGUAUGCACCUGAGUCUGUAAAAUAUGGCCAUUUCUCACAUGCUUCAGAUGUCUGGGGUUUUGGUAUAACAUUAUGGGAAAUGUUCUCAUAUGGAGAGGUACCUUAUGGUGAGAUGAAAGGAAUUGAUGUCAUGAAAUUUUUGGAAAACAAUAGCAGAUUGUCUCAGCCCAAAAAAUGCCCAAACGCCGUCUACAAGAUGAUAGGCAGUUGUUGGGAAAUGGAUAGCAAAGCUCGACCAACAUUCACAAAACUCCAAGAAUUCUUUACCAAUUUUGGAAACCAAAUGUAACUAAAGAGAAACCUGUUGUUGUUGUUGCUGCUGCUAUUUUUAUUGUUGUUGUCUGUGUUGUUUUUAUGUUGUCCUUUUGUUUUGUAAGUAUAUUUUUUAUUAUAUUUUUUAAUGAGAUCUGAAGGAUGGGAGCGUGACUAAAAGAAUCCUGAGAGCAUCCAAGAAAAGGCUUUGUAACAUUUAGUUACAAAUGCUUAUAUUCUAAGUUCAAAUCUCACCAAAAUCAACUUUGCCUUUCAUCCUUCCAUUCCAGAAUCAAGAAAAUAAGUACUGAGUCAGUAUAAUUCACUGUCCCUUUCUUUCACCACCACUUCCACCAAAACAAAUCAAUAGGAUUGAUCAUUGAUCGACGUAUCUUAUCAUCAAAAAGUCAUGCUUUUAAGUCUAUUUAUCUGUAUGAGGUUUGUCAAAUAAAUCCUUUUGGGAUUUUGAGAGUUACAUACCAGUAAUAUACUGGAAUUAUAGGGGCACAGGUAUUACUGUGUCAAUAAGAAGCUUGCUCUGGGCUCAAUCUCAUUGUGCAGAACUUUUAGCAAGUGUCUCCUGCCAGAAUAUUUUCCAAUUUCAGCUCAUUGUGGUGUUUGGUUGAGAAAAACUGUGCAGAGGUCCAACAUAAAUGUGUGUGUGUAUCAUACAAUGUUUGUAUAUAAACAUCAGCUAGAAAAAAAUAAAAUAAUGAAAAAAUUGGUGGGUUUUUUUAACAAAGUCCAUUGUGGUAUUUGUUCAGAACUGCUUUACAGACACUUCUUGUCAUUCUUGCCAUCAGAUGUACAUUGAACCAAUGACUGACCCAUCAAAAACCUUAUUAUUCAUUAAUUGCAAUAAUAUGAUAAUCAACAACACAUCCUUAAUUAGGCUCUCCUGAGCCUAAUCAAAAAGAAAUCAUUAUUUCUAUAUAUUUUAUAGUUUUUUGUUUUGUUUUGUUUUUGUUUUUUUUUUCACUUGAACAAAUUUUCAUGACAUCACCGUUUUCACUGACUUUUUUUAAUGAGAAAAACAAAGAUUUUACUGACAAUUUUUGUAUAUUUUUGUUAUGAAAAUAAAUUUUAUAAAUUGCA